UAGCGAGUGAGAAAUAUGUAUAGAUUCCCUGUGUAUAACGUUCUUAAUUGUCCGGAGAAUCUGACAUCUAUAGAAGAAUCGGCUUCGAAAAUAAACUGUACAAACACGAACUUUUACUACUGCAUUCCUAACUACCAGAAGUCGUCCCAUGUAGAGUUCUGCUAUGAUCGGGAACCUUCGCUUUUCGAAAGUGGAAAUUGUUUGCAGUUGGCAGGAGCUGGAUAUUUGAAUCAAGACAGCUGCACACUGUUCACUUCCGGAUGCCCAACUGAGCAUUUUCCCGGAAAUUCAAUAUACAAGUUUGAAGAAUGCCAAAAUAUCGAUACCAUACAUCGUUGUUACCGUGCAGAUCCAAACUGUACAGAAUCAACGAGUUUGACGACGAUACAGCCGUCAUUUGUCACGCAAGGUGUUUCAACGUCACAUUCCGUAUCAACAUAUCACUAUGACGUAAAUUCCACGUACACAACUGACGACUUGACGAAGAACACAGAGGCCGAUCUCUACGUAAUCAUAGUCGUAGUUUUUAUAUUUCUAGUCAUGGCUGUUGGCGGUUUUGCGUUUUUUAUAAGGCGCCGGAGAAGAAAACAAACUGCGAAAAUAACUCAGGGCACUGCCUUCGAACUACCGUUGCUGCAUUCACAUGUGAAUAGUAGUGUAACAACAAAAGGACCCAGUAGCAGCCAAUUAGUCAUCGCAAUUAGGCAAUGUAUGAAUGGACUGUAUAUAUUCAUACCAUGGAACUCGAAUUUAUCAAAUAUUAUGUGGACCAAAAAUGAAUCAGCCAUUGAUAUAUCUAACGGAGAGAAAUAUAAAACUGGAAAAGACAGCACGCCCAUGCUGAUUAUCAAUGGUGCGACCUCGGAGGAUAGUGGAAAAUACUCAUGUAUGGGAACGUCGUUAGGACAUUCUGUCGUGAGCAGGCCUAUUCAUAUAGGAAUAACUCCUGUACGCCUCAAAAGUCCUUCAGCCGUUAAUGUUGGGGAACCUUUAUCAAACCAUUGGGAUUGGCUGUAUUUGAAACCAGACACAACUUCUGAAUCUGCGACUAGUGACCUUGACCUCUACACCGUCAUGAUCCCAGAACCCCAUGUACAGGAUCAAGAUUGUACUCACCUUAAGGGACAAGAAGAACGACAAGAAUAUGAUUUGUUUAGCAGGAUAGGUUUCAACUCAAUCAAAAGGUACCUCCAUUUCUGGCUUCUCUUCUGCGAAGGAGGCUGCGUGGAUCUGGAAAACAAGGAUCACUCGGAGAUCCUGAAGGACUUGUACGCCUUCACCAAAGGUCCAGAUGCAGAACCUAUCCCAGAUAAUAUAAAAUCUGACUGCUCCACAUAUGAUAGCAUGAUUUGUACGGGGACCCAGUUGUCAUUUACCUCUGAUGAAGUUGAGAGACAGAGUCUCUGGGCUUAUAUUCAACACGGUUAUCUUGUUCAGAAAAACAUUCAUUUCCUUCUGGAUAAGGCACCAGUUGACCUGAUCGCAAAGUACUGCAGGACAUCUGGGUAUCUUGGUUCUCAAGAAGAAUGGUGUAUUUGUCUCUCUAGCAUUUUUACCGAGAAACUCAUUGUAAAACUAGACUUGGGUAUAAUCACACAUCCCACUAUUACAGAUACCAAUAUCCAUCCAUUAGUGAGCCGAAUAUUGAAAAUCCCCGAGGAAAUUCUUAGAUGGGAAUAUAACCAGCGCCUGAAGUUCUUGGAAAGCAUACGUGAAGAAAGCAUUGAAAUGUUCAGGGGAAGAGCGAUGAUAGUUGGGUGUGUGGGGGCAGGUAAAACGACCUUCCUAAGAAGGCUUCAAUCCAAAUGGACUUUAGAGGACCUAUACACCACUGAGUCAACUGUAGGGCUCGAAGUUCAUCAUAAUAUGUUCCAAAUUGAGGAUAAUGAAGACCACAAAUGGCUAAAAGAAGUACCACAGGGAAUGUCUGGCGAUGUUGAAAGACACAUAAAGAAAAGAGAGAAACUGAUCAGUGUAACUGACUUUGGCGGUCAGUGUUCAUAUUAUGCCUGUCAUCAAGUCUACCUUACAAGACGUGCAUUCUAUAUUCUUGUAAUAGACAUGUCAAAACGUUUGGAAGAAAAGGUUGACUCCACUCGAUUGGACGCAAAUGGGUCCAUAUAUGAAGAUUGGACAUACAAAGAAUACUUCCUCUACUGGAUGCAGUCUAUCAACACUUACUGUGAUGAUAUAACGCCUGUAAUAUUGGUUGCAACGCACAAAGAUAAAGUCAGUAAAGAAGGCAAGACAGAAUGUUUUUAUGACAAAUUAAUGGAAUGCUUACCAAGAGACUCCGAAUUAAAACGACACCUCUCACAGAAACGAUACUUUGAGAUUCAACUUCCACCUCUAGAAGAAAAUGAAACAAAAGUUAUAGGAAACGCCAUUGUAGAAGUCGCUACCCAACAAACUCACUGGGGAGAAAGAGUUCCUGCCAAGUGGGCUAUGUUUGAAAUAUCCCUGUCAGAAUUGAAAACAGAAAAAAAGAUAAUGAGCAUUGAAGAACUUAAACAAAACAUUAGAAUCGAACUUCCUGAAAAAGAUGAAGACUUGCGCAUCAUGCUGUCUUUCUUUCACGAGAUUGGAACAAUUCUGUUUUUCAACGAGGAAGGGUUAAAUAAAAUGGUUAUUCUGGAUGUUCAGUGGUUUGUUGAUGCUUUUAAGAACAUAAUAACCGACCCAACACAAGUUAAAGACGCAUCUCCAACCGUCGGCGACUGGAUGCUCUUCAACCAGACAGGCCAAUUGGGGGAUCGGCUUCUGGAUGAAAUGUGGUCAAACCACAAAUACAAAUGCUUUGCUGAACACAAAAGUACAAUUCUACUAUUUAUGCAAAGGCUAGGUCUAAUAGUGAUGGGGAAAGAAGAACGCAAGGAACUAAUAUACCAACCGCCUUUCUGCGUAAAACAAGAGGAGACAGGAGACAAACCAAGACAAAUAUACCACUAUGUACCUUGUAUGAACAAGGAGAGUAGAUCGGAUGCCUAUGACAAGAUACUUAGCAAUUGCACAAACAAAACGUCCACUUUGGUUUUCCGAUUCAAGACAUUCUUGCCUCAUUUCUUUUUCUACCGACUUGUUGUCCAUUGUAUGACAAGAUGGCAGACUCUGGUUCAAGAUGAUGUACCUUUAGUUUGCAAAGAUGCAGUUUUUCUUAAAAACGAAGAUGAAGAUCAUGUUCUCGUUCUUGGUGUUUGUAAGCCAUCCAUCCAGCUUCAGGUUGUUUGCCGUGAGGGUAACCUUGAUGGUAAUAUUACCCUAAAAAUACGCCAAGACAUUGAAAGCAUGAUGAAAUCUCUCACGACGACAUUUCACAAACAAGUGGAAUAUACUAUUGGUUAUUUCUGUCAAGAAAAAGAAUUCUGCGCAGAUGUUGAACAUUUCUUCAUAUCUGAACAUGAGCUUCUUCAACUAAAAAAGGACACAGUCUGUUGUAGUAAACACGCUAAAGAAAAUCACAAGAUUCACAGAAAAGAACUUCUCAAGUUUUGGAGAAAGUCGGCUUUGAAAGAAAUCGGUUGCACGUGUUUUCCAAAACGUAAAGAUGUUAACAAGACACCUAUUUUACACCAGGAAGUGUCCAAAAUACAAACAACAACCUCAGAAAUGGACGCAGAAAGGAGACGUUUAAUUUGAAGAAACUUGAAAGGUUAAACACAGUAUUUUAACGAACACUUCAGAGC